AGGGUCUCUCAACUCACCCUUUUGAGAUACAUACCCUGGAUCCAAAGCGGGAGAGGGGAGAAAAAGAGGCGGAACAGAGUGUUCCGAACAUCUACACAAAGUGGAAGAGCCUUAAGCUGAAGGUACAGUAUAUUGUUUACACUGAAGAAGCACGUGUGUGGACAAGAAAGCGCUGACAGCUCAAAUGGAUCCCAUGGAACUGCGAAAUGUCAACAUCGAGCUUGACGAUGAGAGUGGCAGUGGAGAAAGUGUUCAAGACAGCUACAGCAGGAUGGGGAAUUCAGAAAAGACAGCAAUGAGCAGUCAAUUUGCCAACGGAGAUGAUGAGAGUCAGAAAUUCCUGACGAACGGAUUUUUUUCAGGGGAAAAGAAACUCGCAGAUUAUGAUGAUGAACAUCACCCUGGGGCCACUUCCUUUGGGAUGUCCUCAUUCAACCUGAGCAAUGCCAUCAUGGGCAGUGGGAUCCUGGGCUUGUCCUAUGCCAUGGCCAACACUGGGAUCAUCCUUUUUGUAAUCAUGCUGCUGGCUGUAGCAAUCUUAUCACUCUAUUCAGUUCACCUUCUGUUAAAGACCUCUAAGGAAGGAGGAUCUUUAAUUUAUGAAAAAUUAGGGGAGAAAGCAUUUGGAUGGCCUGGAAAAAUUGCAGCUUUCGCUUCCAUUACAUUGCAGAACAUUGGAGCUAUGUCAAGCUACCUCUUUAUCAUCAAAUACGAACUGCCUGAAGUAAUCAGAGCAUUCAUGGGACUUGAAGAAAACAGUGGAGAAUGGUACCUCAAUGGUAACUACCUCGUCAUCUUUGUGUCUGUUGGAAUCAUUCUUCCUCUUUCUCUUCUUAAAAAUCUAGGUUACCUUGGUUAUACCAGUGGAUUUUCUCUCACCUGCAUGGUGUUUUUUGUCAGUGUGGUGAUUUACAAGAAAUUCCAAAUACCCUGCCCUCUGCCCAUUCUGGAUCACCAUGUUGGAAAUCUCACCUUCAACAAUACUCUUCCAAUGCACAUGGUGAUUUUACCCAACAACUCUGAAAGCGGUGGCGUGAACUUCAUGAUGGAUUACACCCACCAGAACCCCACAGGGCUGGAUGAGAACCAGGCCAGGCACUCCCUCCAUGGCAGUGGAGUUGAAUACGAAGCUCAGAGCGAUGACAAGUGUCAGCCCAAGUACUUCAUAUUCAACUACCGGACGGCCUAUACAAUUCCUAUCUUAGCGUUCGCAUUCGUAUGCCACCCCGAGGUCCUCCCCAUCUACAGUGAACUGAAAGAUCGGUCCCAGAGGAAGAUGCAAGCAGUGUCAAAUAUUUCCAUCACAGGGAUGCUCAUUAUGUACCUGCUUGCUGCCCUAUUUGGCUACCUGACCUUCUAUGGAGAAGUUGAAGAUGAAUUACUUCAUGCUUAUACCAAAGUGUACACAUUUGACACCCCUCUCCUCAUGGUGCGCCUGGCAGUGCUGGUGGCUGUGACACUGACCGUGCCCAUUGUCCUGUUCCCAAUUCGCACAUCUGUGAUCACACUGUUAUUCCCCAAAAGACCCUUCAGCUGGAUAAGACAUUUCCUAAUUGCGGCCAUACUCAUCGCAGUUAAUAAUGUUUUGGUCAUCCUUGUGCCAACCAUAAAAUACAUCUUUGGAUUCAUAGGGGCUUCUUCUGCUACUAUGCUGAUUUUCAUUCUUCCAGCAGUUUUUUAUAUAAAACUUGUCAAGAAAGAAUCUCUGAGGUCACCCCAAAAGGUUGGGGCUAUGAUUUUCCUUGUGGUUGGGAUCAUCUUCAUGAUUGGAAGCAUGGCACUCAUUAUAAUGGACUGGAUUUAUGAUCCCCCAAACACCAAGCAUCACUAACCCAAGGAAAAGUACUUUCUUUUUCUGUUGGAGAUGGUUGCGUUAUGUUCAAAAAGACAUUUGCAUGAUUGGAAUGAGUGAUUGAUUGGAAUGUUAUUCAUAGGAAAUAACAGGAAGAUUCCAAAGAUGCUUACUCGCAUCUUUUAAAAAUCUGUUUACAUCACCAAGCAUCUGCGGAAAAGAAAAUUGCUUUUGUCAAGAGUGGCUGUUCACGUAUUUAAAAUCUGUGGUGCACAUUUCUACCCAGGUUUUACGAGAGCAGUUGAUGAUGUAUUUUUGCUGUCGUACAAGCAGAAUAAGGGUAGCAGCAUGUAAGGUCAUUAGGUAAAACUGUUCAUCUCCCCCUUUCCUUUCUCCUUCCUCUCCUCUCCCCCAACAAAGUACCAAAUAGUUGCAUUGUCAGAACAUCAAACAAAAAUGUGCUGGUGGCAAAGCAAUCACCUCUAAUGCCCUCCUCCAGUCUUACACCAAAUACUCUGGGUAUAUUUAAGCACAGGCAAAGAUCGCAUCUGUGAACUGUCCCUGUAAGGUGCAUGAGAGGUACAACACCAGAGAGAGAGUUUUAUUGUUACCAGUAAAGGAAUACUUCGCUCAUCUUGUUUGUGACAUUGAAUUAAUGAUUUCUUCUUUCAAAAGAUUUAUUUCUGUAAAUGUUAAAAUAUCUUACCAAACACAGAGAGGGGCUUUGUUGAAACUGUAGAGCUACAAAAUUAAUGCUUGAGCUGAACCACGUGUUCUGGAAGCAUUUGCUUUUUCAUGUUAUUCUUAGUGCUCUCCUCAGUUUCUGUUAUGGAACAACACUCUCCCUCUCGUCUUCCAUUCUCAUUCAGAAUUUUUAGAAGACCACGGUUCAUGUGGAGAUACACUACCCAGUAUUGUUUGAUACAUUUUUAUUUGAUAAACAUUCAGUGCAGGAAACUGUGAUUUACUAUGUGUUUAUGUAUAUAACCUUAUUCUAUAUUCAUCAGAAUUUUAA